GCGCUGGAGGCCCAGGACCUGAGCCCGAGGAAGGGGGCGCGCCACGGCCGGCACGGCGGCGCCGGCGAGGCGGCGGGCCACGCCCUGGGGGCCCUGCAGGUCGAGACGAAUAGCUCAGCGCCGGAUCAAACGGCAGCGCCGGCCACGAGGACUCCAGCAAGCCCCAGCAUGCAGCAGAAAGCCGACAAGCACGCCGCGGACUACAACUACCAGGUCUCCGACUUCCAGAUGGCCGGGUCCCAGGCCGGGUACCUCAAUUUCAUCAAGAAGUACCCCGCCACCCGCUCGCCGGGCCCCGCCGGGUUCCCGUACAAGUUCGACUGGAUAGUCCACAGGAAGAGGGAGCUUGCGAACCUCAGCAAGGGCGAGGACCCAUACGCUGUCUUCUCGUCGAUGGAGAUUCAGUUGGCCUGCCAAUGUUGA